AAAAAAAUCGACCCGAAUUCGCCGAUCAACACUGGCCCGCCUUUGAUAAAAUAAUCAUGUUCGGAGUUUAGUUGAUCCGAUAAUCCCCCGGGUUACUACCACUCACGCUAUGACUGCGCCAGAGCAGCCUCUGAAACAAGGAGAAAUGGCGUCCGCGGACGUGGACAGCAGUCAAAGCGAGUUUCUGCAACCCGGCGGCGCCGCGGAAACACAGACGACAGAUAUGUCAGCCAUUCAGCUGACGGGCUCAGAUCGAUGGGAGGUGUUGACUCCCGUAUCGGCUGGGAAGGAAGACCAGGGAGUCGUUCACAUUCCAAACUCGGGGAUUAUCACGUCCAACGGGCAGUACGUGCUUCCUAUUGGGAGUAUUCCCAGCCAGCCCAUAUAUGUUACAGCAACCGGGAGUGAGGCUGCAGCAAAUGGAGUGUCGGGCAUUCAGUAUCAGGUCAUCCCUCAAAUCCAAAAUGCAGAUGGGACAAUUGCAGGAUUCCCCACGCAGGGUUUGGAUGACGGUACGGGGCAGAUUCAGCUACUCCAAGAUGGCAGCCAGGGCAGCAUUGGAAUCAGCUGUGCCACGACGGCAACCACAGAUCUCUUGACACAGGCGGGGCAGGUUCAGUCGAUCCACGGCGUUUCGCUAGCUGGAGGUUCGACGUACACGGGCACCAUGCCUGUAGGGCUUCCUGGCAACAUAACAUUCGUCCCUAUAAACAGUGUGGAUCUGGAGUCGCUGGGGCUGACCGGAGCUCAGACGGUCCCCAUCGCAACAGGAGUCACACCUGAAGGCCAGUUGAUAAUGAGCAGCCAGGCUCUCGACACCCAGAACCAGGACACCGGAGCCAAACAGUCGCUGGUCACUGUGAGUGACCCGAGCGCCAACCAAGAGCUCUACGUGCCAACAACCACUUCCUCUUCCAACUCCGCCCAGCUUCCUGAGACCAUCGACGGCACAGGAGUUCUCACCCAGGCGACUGCCGUGUCCGCAGGCGUGUCUGAUCUGUCGUCCUCGGAGAACUACAACUCCCACAACCACCUGCAGCAAAUCCAGGUGUCAUCCUCCAAUGCCACCACUAUCUCACAGCCCAUCUUGCAGCUGUCUGGGGACAGUCAGGCCCAGGUAGCCCAGGUGGCUCAGGGUCAGGACCUGACUGCAGGAGCAGGUCAGACUCUACAGAGCGUGCAGCUGGUCAACCCUGGGACCUUUCUCAUCCAGGCCCAAACUGUCACUGCUACUGGACAGAUCCAGUGGCAGACCUUCCAGGUUCAGGGUGUCCAGUCACUCCAAGGACUUCAGCUGCCCCAGGGUCAGGGCCAGGCCCAACAGUUGACUUUAGCCCCAGUCCAGACCCUUCCCCUGGGCCAGACAGGCCAGGUCAGCCUGCCUAACCUCCAAACAGUCACAGUUAACUCUGUAACACAAACUGGGAUCCAGUACUCGCAGGGAGAGGAUGCAAACAGUCCAGCAGGUAUCCAGAUAAAGGAAGAGCCAGACUCUGAGGAGUGGCAGCUGAGCGGGGAUUCCACGUUGAACCCCAGCGACUUGAACAACCUGCGUGUUCAGAUGGGAGACGAGGACAUGGAGACGCCGAGCGGGGAGGGCAAAAGGCUCCGCAGAGUCGCCUGCACCUGCCCCAACUGCAAAGAGUCUGGAGGAAGGGGUUCAGGUAUGGGGAAGAAGAAGCAGCACAUCUGCCACAUCGCCGGUUGCGGCAAGGUUUACGGGAAGACAUCCCACCUCCGAGCUCACCUGCGCUGGCACAGCGGCGAGAGACCCUUCGUCUGCAACUGGAUGUUCUGUGGGAAGAGAUUCACCAGGAGUGACGAGCUGCAGAGACACAGGAGGACGCACACAGGGGAGAAGAAGUUUGUGUGCUCAGAGUGCUCCAAGAGGUUCAUGCGGAGCGACCACCUGGCCAAGCACAUAAAGACUCACCAGAAUAAAAAAGGCGGGGUGCCCCCCUCCACGUCUCCGCCCACCUCCGACGCCAUCAUCAACACGGACGGAACAACGCUCAUCCUCCAGGCCACCAACGCGCACGACCUUGUAGCCAAUCAGGAGAUCCCCUUGCAGCUGGUCACAGUGGCGCCCAGCGAGGUCAUGGAAUGAGGGGGUGGGUGGGGGUUGAUGUGGUGAGGUGGCUUUUUGAGAACUGGCCUAUCAAAAGGGACCUCUUGGGCUUUUCUCUUCCCCUCUUCCCCCCCCCUUUUUUUUUUCCUUGUUUUGUUUUUUUACAUAUGAAUAUAUACCUAAAUGUAUAUGACAAAUAUAUAUAUUUUAAGUAAGAGUUAUCUUGACUUUAUGUUUGUUUUUUGCAGUCUUUUUAUAGGCGGGCAAAAAGAAAUAACAUUAAAAUGUGUUUGCUAUGUACACACGCUCACACACACACACACACACGAAAGCACACAUUAACACUCAAAACACGACAUGAAUACUCAACACGAUGAAAUGCCUUAUUUUGUAUUAUACUCUUGUAUAAAAUGCUGGAGGUGCAUGUUGGUUUUUUGUUUGUUUUUAAAGAAAAAGCUUUGCAGAUGAUGUAACUGUAACGGGGGUAAAUGUGUUUGUGAAAUCGGACCGAGGGAAAAGGAAGCCGUGGAAACUCUCGGGGAGAGUCGUGACAAAUCUGAGCGCCCUGUUUGAAGCGGCGCGGCGUCCACACCGCUGCCUUGAUUUGUUCUUUUUGUUUUGUUUUUUUAAAAGUAGUUUUUAAAUGUUUUUUGGAAAUGUGCUGAUUCGCUUUUUUCUUGAGAGUGAAAAAAAUCCAGCAGUCUGGUACCACCCCCCCUCCCUUCACUGUCGUCGUGCUAAAGGUAACCAGCUGCUCACAGGGGCUUCGCGUUUGGCGUUACAGACUUUAGUAAGACGGCAAAUCAGGUUAUUUUCCAGCCCAGUCAGGGCAGCGGUGCUGAUGUCACGCCGCGCGCUGCUCGACGCAGAGCACGGGCGCAGCUGGCUGGUCAGGUUAAGAUGACAGUGCCACCAUUAACCGGUUUGAAGUUUGCAUUUUUGCCUCAAGGACGAGGGGAGGGGAGGGGGAAACAAAUGCAAGCAACUUCUUUCAGCAUCUGUUUUCAUGAGCACGCCGUCUGCUGUGCUUGUCAACAUUUAAAGAAACACCACAUCCUUUUUUUUCCUUUUUUGGGGGGGGGGGGUUAAUUCUCGUCAUGUUUCAGUUCUCCACGUCUCUUUGCUGGUCUGGGUGUCGUCUAUGUUGAAGCCACACGAUGAUGGGAAUCAUAGGUUUUAAAGCGUUCUGGGUUAUUUGUUGGCUGCAGGAGGAGUCUGCACACACCAGUGUUGCCAUGUGAAGAAAACGGAUGCAUCAAAUCGGCCUCAUUAAAGCCAGUUCUACUUUUUUUUUUCCUGCUUCUUUUUGUGUCAUCACAUUCCAGUUGCACGCCACACGCUGUGGGAUUCGUUUUGCAAUAACUGCUCUGUUGGUAAUUCUGGUCAGAUGUCACUCAAGUGAAAAAGCAAAACAAUCAAUGCCAUUGUUUGUGUGUUUUUAUUUUUUAUUUUAAUUGAUGUAAUCCCUUUGUUUGUCCUCAUCUUUGUAGCAUUCAUUUACAUGUAUAUUAUCUUAUUUUCACAUUGUUCAUAGAAGCCAUUAGUUAACUGAAUUUUGUUGUAUCAAAACCUUAUUUUAAGUGAUUUUUUUUUUUUUUUUUAAAAAGAAUUGGUGUAAAAAUUGAAUGUUACCUUUUUGUAAAACCUUUUUUCAAAUGGAUCACAAUAAAAGUCUGAAACCUUCCAGUAA